CAUUUAGUUGUUUCUACCAUAUCAUGCCGAGCGGACGGUUAAGUUGGAAAAGUCCGUUGUGUCGCCUGUGAAACUGUCUGCCUGCCGCGGUGUAGUAUAUAUGAGGAAGUGUAGUCGAUAGACCGUUAUGAAUCCUCUACUAAUUGUCAUUCUUGCACUUGGAUUAUUCCAGAAAGAAGCCCUUGGCUAUCCCACCAAAGAUGAGACCGACGCCAAGAUUAUUGUCCUUCAAAACGAGGAAAUGGAGCCAACUAUUUUAGACUGUGAUUAUGAGAUCGAGGACAAGCCCACAUUUCUCACAGUGAAGUGGUUUAGAGACGACAAGACCAUAUACCAGUGGAUACUGGGGAAAGCACCAGCACCGAUCCCGGAGUUUAAGAACGAUGUCGACAGUUCUUAUGAGAGCUCCACGGAUCCCAACAAGCAGUACAGCUCGCUGGCUCUGAUCAAUCCCACGAUAGAAACGACGGGGGACUACAAAUGUGUGGUCCACACCAAUACCCAGUCCUUUACUAGUCACCAGAGGGUACAGGUCGUUGAUGUACGUAACUAUACUCUAAAUCUUUACCACAACAAGAUUCAUAACGAGACGCAGUUGGAGUGCGUAGUGACGAACGUGUACCCCAGGCCGACCAUUACCAUCCAAUCCAGCGACGAAGACGUGGUCAAGAGGGAGCCCCGAGUGCAGGAGGACGAGGACGGUUACUUCAAUGCCACCGUCGUGGUGGCAGUCUACGAUACAGACGAUGAUCCCGAGGCCUAUCAGUGUAUCGUAUCCUUCGAUGGCUACGCGAAGAACCUGACGACUGUGGGGACCUCGGCGGGAUCAGCGGGUCUCAGUCAGGUUGACGUGAAAAUGUGUCUAUUCUGUUGUCUGUACUAUCUGCUUUCCAAGCUGAAAGUCGUCCUAUUUUAAAUAAAAACGUUGUUGAUAUAUUUAUUGUUA